CGUUGUUCUGGCGGACUUUACCGGCACUCCGACGCUCGAGUCAGAGGGAUAAUAACUGUGAUUUAGUUGGAGUCAAAGCGUUUUGUGUCACAUUAAACUCGCAAGGACAGCAAAGGAGCCUCUUACACGAGACUGAGAGGGAGAAAUAAAGUUUCAAACUUUUGGAAAAAGCUUCGGACUAGUUUACCAAAUAAAACCAAGAGAUAAGAUCAAGGACGCCCACAUGCUUCAGCAUCCUUUCCAGUUUCCCCUGAAGAGGAAUUUGGCACACCAUUGUGAUAAAAGGGAUGAAUGAGGGCCGCUCUGCUCUCUUUAGAAGGUGCCACCCCGUCCUGUCCAAGGCCGACACCCUCUCACCAGCUGCCCUCUCUGUGGACACAGGCGAUGGCGGGGCCGCUAAGCCUGAGAGCGAUGCAGCGCUCGCCCUGUCUGAGUUCUCCCACCUGUUUGAGAACGGGGACGGUUCCCCGUCAACUCAGGACACGAGUCAGGACACGAGUCAGGACUCAGCCCUGGAGCUGGUUCAGCCCGGCCAGCCCGCAGAAAGCAGGCAGAACCUGCGGAUGAAGUUCCAGGGUGCUUUCAAAAAGGGCAUUUCCACCCAUAUGGACCUAUUGGAAUCCACCAUAUAUGAUUCAAAUGUGGUGCAAGGCCCCAAGAAAGCACCAAUGGACUCGCUCUUUGACUACGGGACAUACAGGAACACCAGCAACCAGAAGAGACGCAGGAAGAAACUCCCAAGAGGUAAAUCUGAGACAACCUGUGAUGAUGUUCAAAGCUCUGACCCACCGAGAGUAAUGAAAAUAUUCAACCGCUCGCUCCUGUUCGACUGCGUGUCACGCGCAGACGCAGAGGCCCUUGAAGGCCUCUUGGAGUACCUGCAAAGUCAGGAAAAGAGGUUAACUGAUGAAGAGUUUAAAGAGCCAUCCACAGGUAAGACAUGUCUGCCCAAAGCCCUGCUGAACCUUUACGACGGGCAGAACGUCACCAUCCCUCUGCUGGUGGACAUCGCAGAGAAGACCGGAAACCUCCGAGAGUUCAUCAACACGCCCUUCAGGGACGUCUACUACAGAGGUCAGACAGCGCUCCACAUCGCUAUAGAGCGGCGCUCUAAGCAGUAUGUGGAGCUGCUGGUGGAGCAGGACGCUGAUGUCCAUGCCCAGGCGAGGGGACGCUUUUUCCAGCCCAGAGACGAGGGGGGCUACUUCUACUUCGGUGAGCUGCCUCUCUCACUGGCUGCAUGCACUAACCAGCCUGACAUAGUGCACUACCUGACUGAGAAUCCACACAAAAAGGCCGACCUGCGGCGCCAGGACUCACGUGGAAACACAGUGCUGCACGCCCUAGUGCACAUUGCGGACAACACCAAGGACAACACACGUUUCCUCACAAAGAUGUAUGACCUGCUGCUAAUCAAGAGCGCCAAACUCUACCCAGACUGCAGCCUGGAGACGGUGUUUAACAACGAUGGCAUGUCACCCCUCAUGAUGGCCGCCAAGCUGGGCAAGAUCGGGGUUUUUCAGCACAUUAUCAGACGGGAAAUCAAAGAUGAGGAAGUUCGUCAUCUGUCACGGAAGUUUAAGGACUGGGCCUAUGGACCAGUGUAUUCCUCCCUCUAUGAUCUGUCUUCACUGGACACAUGUGGAGAGGAACCGUCUGUGCUGGAAAUCCUGGUCUACAACAGCCGCAAUGAGAACCGCCAUGAGAUGCUGGCAGUGGAGCCCAUCAACGAGCUGCUGAGGGCCAAAUGGCAGAAGUUCGGUGCCGUCACCUUUUACAUCAGCGUGGUUUCCUACCUCAUCACCAUGAUCAUCUUCACCAUAGUGGCUUAUUACCAACCUUCACAGGGAGAGCCUCCAUACCCUUACACAAAAUCCUCUGACUACCUGCGCAUGGCGGGGGAGAUCAUCACCUUGGCAUCAGGAAUAUUCUUCUUCCUCACCAACAUUAAGGACCUCUUUUUGAAGAAGUGCCCUGGGGUGAAGUCUUUAUUUAUGGAUGGAUCUUUUCAACUGCUGUACUUCAUCUACUCGGUGCUGAUUGUAGUCACAGCUGCUCUCUACCUCUCUGGCAUUAAGGCCUAUGUGGCUGUGAUGGUGUUUGCACUUGUCCUUGGCUGGAUGAACACGCUUUACUUCACCAGAGGCCUGAAGCUCACUGGCACCUACAGCAUCAUGAUCCAGAAGAUUCUUUUCAAAGACCUUUUCAGAUUCCUGCUGGUAUACGUGCUCUUCAUGAUUGGUUAUGCAUCAGCCCUGGUGGCCCUGCUGACGGUGUGUCCUCCCCCGGGGACAGAGUGUGAGGGGGGCUGCCCCACCUACCCCGACUGCAGGGACCAAGACACCUUCAGCGCUUUCCUGCUGGACCUCUUUAAGCUGACCAUUGGGAUGGGAGAACUGGACAUGAUUCACAGUGCGCAGUAUCCUGCAGUCUUUCUCAUCCUGUUGGUUACCUACAUCAUCCUCACGUUUGUCCUGCUGCUUAACAUGUUGAUCGCUUUGAUGGGGGAGACAGUGUCACAGGUGUCCAAACAGAGCAAGAAGAUCUGGAAGCUUCAGUGGGCAACAACCAUAUUGGACAUCGAGCGCUCUUUCCCAGUCUGCCUUCGCAAGUCUUUUCGAGCCGGGGAGAUGGUGACUGUUGGGAAAAACUGGGACGGCACACCUGAUCGACGCUGGUGCUUCAGGGUGGAUGAGGUGAAUUGGUGCCACUGGAAUCAGAACCUGGCAAUAAUCAACGAGGAUCCAGGCAAGAAUGAGACCUGCCAAGCCAAUGGGUUGCAGCAGAGCGUCAAAGCCUUGCGGAGAGACCGCUGGUCCACAGUGGUUCCGCGGGCAGUGGAGUUUAGUAAGGCUCCACGGCCUCGCGAUCUGGUGGUGGAGAUGGAGCCGCUGACGCCCAGAUACUGAGGCCUGCAGGAGGCUGACUGUCUUUAUUUAAAAUAGAGACAGCAGAGAGCCAUCAGCACCAGUGAGAGGGAACCAUUUGAUCAAUAGGUGGACUCAUUAGCCAGAUUUCAUGUGCCUUUUGUUGAAAAGAAAGUAUUACAAAUAUAUUAAUGUAAUCAGGGUGAUAGGACUGAUCACACAAAGACACUGGAUUUGUAAUGGCUUAGAGAAUCACUGAUCUGGAAAACACCAAAUACAGGUAAAACACCAAAGCUGAGAUAAAAGAAUGAAGACAAUUCAGCAUUAAGGACACAGAGAGCUAUAUCCUGCUUUUUAUUUAUCAUAAAAGAUAGAAAAACAUAUUGUAAAAAUGUACUGUGCCUCUGUAGUUCAGACAUCAGUGGCUGAUCACUCAGGGAUUCAAGAGAAUCAAACAUAUUUCCAGUAGUAAUAUAAUGUCACAGAAUAUAGAAAGAUGGGUUUGAUAUGAUUUAACAGAAGCAUAAUCUCUGCAUUAUUUUCUCAGAAGUGUAAACAAAGGAUUUGAUAGAAAUGUCAUCUACUGAUAAAAUCCCAAUGAGAGAUAUUUCUACCUGAAAAAUGCUUAAAGACUUAUAGACAGAUUCUGCUUGCUAUAUAUUUAAGAGGUCCUUGUAUGAUGUAUCAUAAAGAUUAUAUUGUAUAUGUUAAUUUGUAUUGUUCAGGCUAUGGUAGUUAAGUGCAUAGCAACAGUAUAUAUGUUUUAUACAAAGUGUAUUUUCUCCCCAAUUUGUAUACCCUAUUAAUCAAAUAGUUACAAAGUCUCAGGCUCAGGCAGUGCAGCUUUCAUUUGAACUGAGACAAUGCACAAUGCCAAUUUCUAAUGUGUGCAUUAUUAUAUGAACACAAAGACAUUGUUCUGAACAAGAUGGGCAUGAUGAGCAGGUUAUAGUUGUCAAGCACAUAUGCAAAUGCAAGACAAUAGCCUCCCGUGUUAUGGGUUGUCUUUGAAUAUCCAGAGUUAUUGUUCCUUUGCAGCUGGGGUAUUUGCAUAAUCAACUCUCAGGCCUUACCAUUAUGUGCUUCCCUCUAUUUGCUGCAGUGUUUUCAUUGCGAUUGGCUCCUUGCCUUAUAGAGCAUCUUGUUUAUGCGCAACUAAUGCUUGUAUACACAUAUUUGUGUUUUUGUUCUUCAUGACAGGGUUUGAUUAAGAGCAGAUACACCAUCCCAUACAUUUUCACUAAUUCAUUACUGUUGAGGGUCACAGGUCAUUGUUCACUAUGUUUACAUUGUUUUUGGAAAGAGACAUGUCUACGCAUUUUUUUAUGUAUUGCUGCACAGAACAAUAAACACUGAAUUUAUUUUAUGAACCA